AUGGCUCACAGCGGUCAUGGCCACGGAGACAUGGACAUGGACAUGUGCAGCAUGAACAUGCUCUUCACAUGGGACACCACCAACCUCUGCAUCGUCUUCCGCUCCUGGCGCAUCACAGGCACCUGGUCCCUCCUCUGGUCUCUCCUAGCCGUCAUGGCCCUAACAGCCGGCUACGAAGCCGUCCGCGAAGCCUGCAGACGAUACGAAGCGCGGCAAGCUGCACAGCUCGAACAUCUCCCCAAUGGCACGCAGGAGCGCGACUCACUGCUGCAUUCAGGAAAUGUCGUUGCGGGUGGUGGGAGGCGGGGUGGAGAUGUGGUCAAGGCGGCGUUUUAUGGGGUGCAGGUGUUUUAUUCGUUCUUCAUCAUGCUACUGUUCAUGACAUACAACGGCUGGAUCAUGCUUGCAGUGGGCUUCGGGGCGUUUUUCGGAUAUCUCAUCUUCGGUGGUGCGAGCGCAACCAAGAGCGCUGCUUGUCAUUGA